AUGGCGGUUGUGGACGACAACAUCAUCAAUGUGCCGACAAGCACUGAGAAGUCGAGCCACACCAGCAUUGCCAACGAGGAAGUGGCCGCUGCCGAUCGUAGUUCCACGCCCAAGGACUCUGACGAUGGUAGCGAGUUUUAUGAAGACCCCAAGGCUGCCCGGCGACUCCUUAUCAAAUGCGACAUCCGCCUGAUCCCCAUCUUGGGAUGCUUAUAUCUCGUGUCUUUCUUGGACCGCUCAAACAUUGCCAAUGCGCGGCUUUUCGGGCUGGAGAAGUCGCUUCAUAUGCCCUCGACGGGGUUUAACACUUGCCUGUGGAUUUUCUACCUUCCUUUCGUGAUCGUAGAGAUCCCAAGUAUUGUUUCAAUGUGCCAGGGACUUACGAGGAGCUAUGGUGGGCUUCUUGCUUGUAGAUUUAUCAUGGGCAUCAUGGAGGCUGGUCUGCCGCCAGGGGCCGCUCUUCUUAUUGGGCAAUACUAUAGACGCAGUGAGUUUUAUAUCCGCUUCUCAUACUUCAUCUGCUUUGCUCUGCUCGGUAGCGCUUUCAGCGGCCUCCUCGCCUACGCCAUCGAACACAUGAAUGGGAUGCAUGGAUAUGAGGCCUGGCGAUGGAUUUUCAUCCUCGAGGGCCUCUUCACCUUUGCCUUUGGACUCGCAGCAUGGUUCAUCAUCCCCGCCUUCCCGCAAGAGGCGGCCUUCCUCAGCGACGAUGAGCGAGCCAUGCUUCUCGCCCGCCUGCGCCACGAUCGUGGGAGGGAGAGGGUUGACUUCAAGGGAAUCAAUUGGAUCAAGCUACUUACUGACUGGAAGAUCUGGUCGUUCACCCUUAUUUAUUUCUGUGCCGACAUGGGCGCUGCAUCCAUCUCAUCCUUCACCCCAACCAUCCUUGCCCAGCUCGGUUGGAGCGCCUCACGAGCCCAAGUAAUGAGCAUUCCCAUCUGGAUGGUCGGCAUCGUCGUCACUCUGUCUACUUCCUACGCGUCUGGGAAGCUCUCCCUCCGCUGGCCGUUUGUGCUCACUGGCGCCAUCUUCUCUCUCAUCGGCUGGUGUAUACAGUACACCCAGGUCCAGCCACCAGCGGUGCGCUACUUUGCUUUGUACAUUAUUGCUUUUGGUUCAUUCAUGCAGUUCCCCAUCCUCAUCGGCUGGCUCAACAGUAACCUACGUGGUCGCCCCCAGCAGGCCGUCGCGAGUGCCGUUCAGCUAGGGAUGGGUAAUUGUGCCAACUUUGUGGCGAGCAAUGUAUUCAUCACGAAACAGGCGCCCAAAUACCCUACUGGCUUUGCCACGGGUGUUGGAUUCGCCACGCUCGCGACUGUGAGUAUACUUUUGGUGACGGGGGCCUUGGCAUGGCAUAAUAGACGGUUUGACCGGAAGCAUCGGGAUGGGGGUGAGAAUGUGGAGGACCAAGAGCACUUUAGAUACAUCUUAUAG